AAGUGGUGGCGCAUAUCUUUAUUAUUAAUUUAUUAAUAAAUUUAUAGAUAAUUUUUUUUAGUAAUAGUUUAGUAAUUUUAACAACUUUCUACUUGUUAUAUAUAUAUCCACACCUUGUGGUACAAGGUACACUAAGUUAGUGCGGAUAUAUGUGACGUACGGAAGGUUUCAGAUGUAAAGACAAUCCAACAUCCGAAAAAAAGCAAGACGAAGACAAUUUGUACCGCAUUUAGAAAACUCACAUUAUUUGAAACCUCUCAAAAUGAGUGCACCUUUUAACGCGGAUGAAAUGAGAACCAUUGUCAACUCCAUAAUAACAUAUGUGUUAAAUGGUGCCUCCACCAAGCUACCAAUUAAAGAAAAGGAUAUUAUGCAGACCAUCGAUAAAAAGGGUAAAUUAUUUAAUGCAGCACUUCAGAGAGCCGGAGAGAUUUUAAAGGAGACUUAUGGUAUUCUAAUGGUCGCAGUACCGGAGAGCAAAGGUGCCAAGUCAUACAUAUGUUUUAGCGAGGAUUCUGGAAAAUCGCUGCUAAUGCAUGACGAAAAACAAAAAAAUCAAUUAAUUUUAUUAUUUAUUAUUUUAUCAUUCAUAUUUAUGCGUACUACAACAUCAAUUCCAAGCAUAAGUGAAGCGUAUUUGCAGAAUUUCUUAAAAACUUUACAUAUUGAUUUUGAUGUCCCGCACGAAUAUUUUGGUAAUAAUAUUCGAAAAUUGAUAACAGAUACAUUUGUGAAACAAUUAUAUUUGAAACGUGAAAAAAGUAACUCAGAUUUGGAAACGGAAAUUAAGUAUUGCUAUUCUUGGGGAUUUCGUGCCCAUCAGGAAUUUGACAAAAAAUGUCUGCUGUUCGCUACAGCCCAGAUUAUGAAGAAGCCGGCAAAGGCUUUUGGUACUAAAUACGAUGAAGUGUGCAAGGAUGAAGAAGACGCCGGCUAAAUUUUUAUGUUUUAUAGUUUUAAUUUGAAUGAACAAAAGCAACGUACUUUAUGUGCGAAAAUGUAUUAAGUAUUUAGAUAAGUCUUUGAUGUGAUGUUCUGCAUUUUUCUCAAUAAAUGUGUAU